AUGGAGUCCAUCCUGCGCGGCUUCGCAUCUCGCUCACGCAACGAAGACACGCAGCGGCGCAUGGCCACUAUGACAAGACCGCAACAGGCCGAGCUGCCGGAGCCCGUGGACCUCUCUCAUCACCUGUCGCGGUCUACCAAGAGCAGAGAAGCUUCGAACAUCAAACAGUUCUACAAGUAUUUCUCCAUUCCGGGUAUCGGCCAGCUAGCUGGAGGCCUGCCAAACCACGACUACUUCCCCUACGACACCCUCGAAGCCCGCGUCGCCCUCCCGAGCCGCUGGAAGCCCACCCCCAACAAGCCCGUUGAUCCACCCUCGCCCGCAGAUUCCCACCAGAACCCGGCGUCAGCUCAUCUGAUUAUACCAAAAACCUCCACUGCAACCGACGUCCUCAAGAAGAUUGACCUCGACUCUGCACUCCAAUAUGGCACAGCUCAGGGCUACCCGCCUCUCUAUGCGUUCAUCCGGGAGUUUGCUCUGCAACACCAGCAUCCGACCAUUCCCUACAAAGGCGGUGCCGAGAUCAUCCUGACGUGUGGAAGCACGGACGGCUUCGCAAAGGCUGUGCAAUGUCUCUCGAAUGAGUGGAGCGAGGGCAGAGAUCCGAUCGAGGAGAGGGAGGGGAUGUUAGUGGAGGAAUACUGCUACAUGAACGCGAUCCAGACGGCCAGACCACGCGGACUGGCAAUCGUGCCUGUGAAGAUUGACGAUGAGGGCAUGUUGGCGGGCGGACCUGGUGGGUUGGCCGACGUCCUCGAACACUGGGACUCGAGCAAGGGGAAGAAGCCGCAUUUGAUGUAUACAGUGACCAUCGGCCAAAAUCCCACCUCCGGCACCCUCUCCCUCGCGCGCCGCAAAGAGAUUUACGCCCUCUGCGCAAAGCACGACGUCAUAAUCAUCGAAGACGACCCCUACUGGUAUCUCCAAUACCCGUCCUCCUCCCCUUCCCCCUCCUCCACGCCCCCCACCCCUACCAAAUCCUCCGGCUUCCCCUUCCUCGACUCCCUCGUGCCAUCUUACCUAUCCGUCGACUACGAAGGCCGCGUGCUCCGCCUCGACACCUUCUCCAAGACGAUCGCGCCCGGGUGCCGCCUCGGCUGGAUCACCGCGCAGCCCCGCCUCAUCGAGCGCAUCCUGCGCAUUACGGAGACGAGCACGCAGCAGCCGAGCGGCUUCGUGCAGAGCAUGGUCGCCGAGCUGAUCCUCGGUCCCGGCGGGCCCGGCAGUAAGAGCCACCCCGGCCGCGGCGGCGCCAAAGACGGCGCAGGUUGGCAAAUCGCGGGCUGGGUCCGCUGGCUCGAAGGCCUGCGCGGCAACUACGAGCGCCGCAUGAACCAAAUGGCCGACAUCCUCGCCGCCGGCCAGUACGCCCUCUUCGACUACCCCACCGCCGACGCCACGGAGACGGAGGACUGGGCCCUCGUCUCCAAGACCCGCAUCUACUCCUUCAUCCGCCCGCUAGGUGGCAUGUUCAUCUGGAUCCGCUUCGACUUCUCCACGCACCCGCUCGCUGGACGGGUCGAGGGCCCGAGACUCGCGCGCGCGCUGUGGAUCCUCUGGACCACGAAGCCGUAUCUGGUGCUGGUGAGCCCGGGCACGAUUUUCGCGCCGAAUCAGGAGAUCAGGGAGAAGGAUGGUUGGAGGUGCUUCAGGUUGUGCUUUGCGGCAUGUGACGAGGAGAAGCUGGGGCCGAUUAGUGAAAGGUUUGUGCAGGGGGCGCAGGCGUUUUGGAAGAUCAAGAGUAGGAGGGAGAUUGAUAGAUUGUUGGAGGACGAUAAUCCGGGCGCGGUGGAGGUGGAUGAUGUCAACGGGAUGGCGGUGAUGACGGGGUUUUGUUGA